GGACUGGAUGUUCAAUAGCCUUUGUUCCUCCCUCCCUCCGUCCCGCGGGCGGCGAUUGGGUUAGCAGGAUCCCCGGCGGAGCCUAUAAAAAAAGCCGCGCGCGGGCGGUGGGGUGAGGUGAAACGGCGUUUAGCGUGGUGCUCCGCCCACCUGUGGCUUUUUGCGAGCUGGGUGGUUUGCUCUGUUCAGGUGCAAGGGUGGGGGAAGGGAGGCGAGGCAGAGAAAAAGGCGGGAAAAUGUGUUUUGAGGGAAGGGGCCUUUUGGAGAGAAGGGGGGUGUCUCCACUUUCUUUUUCUUGGGUGUGUUUCCCUCAAAGUCAACUCGCCCUUGAGUUCCCCAGAAGAGAAGUUGAUCAUUCCUCCUCUUUUUGGCAUUUUAGUUCCCCCCAAGGGCGCAUGCCACACACCCCCUCAAGUGAGCUUCCUUACAGGGUUGUUUGUAAAAUACGCCGCAAAAUUAAACCAUGGAAGCUCAUGUUGGUUUAAUUAGAGUGGGAAGGAAAUCUACUACAAAGGCCAUAUAUGUCUGGUUUUGGUUUGUUUUCAAUUGGGGACAAACUUAAAAGGUCCACAGAAUAGAGAGCAAAAUUUUUAAUUUCUUGGCAUUUAGUCUUUGGGCAGGAGGUUGAGCUAAAGGAAGGAUUUGGGUGGGGAGAGGAAAAUGGAGGUAGUGGAGCUGCUCCCCCUCACCCCAAUCUGCAGUUCAAAAUGUGUAAUAUAAUUGUGUGUAGUAGGAUGAUGUAUUCCCAUAGGAAGCUGUGUUAGUCUCUUGCUGCAAAAAAUUGAUAGGCUUGUGGUACCUUGAAGGCCUAACCAUUUUUUAAUGGUUUGUGGACUAGAGUCCGCUUGAAGUUUUUAACAUUUGGAAAUGCUAGAUAUGUGUUUGUGUACAGUGUCUGUAUUGCUCUGAACUAUUUACUAUUCCUUUGAUUCCCCCAGUUUUUAAUCACAAUAUAUAUUUUAACGAGUUCAGCAAAAUCAUUGCUUCCCUACUUUGCCACCCAUUUAAUUUUGGGUGGCGCACCUUUUUAAAUUUUAAGCCCAUUACUUAAAUUUGUGGCUGAUUCAGAGUUUACAAGAAUGAAGUGUUUCACUGUGUUACAUGUACCAAUACUUGACCCAUCAGAAAUUGGGGCUCUAUCAUUUUCUUCAGCACCAAUGUAUGCUACCUGUUUUUUUAUCGGUAGGUCUUGUUUGCUCCUCUUAAGAAAGUACUUGGGGAAACUCCAAUCACCUGUGUGACAGACUUCAGUGAAAGAACAUGACAAUGGUAAUCUGGAAGGAUUGUGAUUUUUGUUUUGCAAUGUUGCCUUUUUUUCUCUCUCUCCACUUACCCCAUCUUCAAAUGGAACGAAAAUGUAAUGAAAGUGGUUGAAAUCUGGGUUUCCCUGCCAAUAAUAGUCCCAAUGGAGUUCAGUAAUUUGUUGGUUACACAUUUUUUAGAAGCGGUGCUAUUUCUCUCCCUGCCAUUGGCAAUAUGGCUUGUUUAUCACUCCCACAAAGUGGGGGGUAAUUGAUGGAUAAGAAGUAAUUCUAGCAGGAUAGCCAUGCCUGUUACAGUUAAAGAAAGCCUUCAAGCCCCUUAAAAACAUAAUAAACAGUGUAUGUCAGGAAGUCUGGUAACCUGGGGCCAAAUGUGCUGCAGCACCUACAGGUAUUACUAAAAGGUUUGGUGCAGUCAGAGAUUAAAUCCUGAGCUUCUUCUCUUCCUAAUUACUUGUAAAUCUGGAGUGCCCUUCCAGAAACAUUUGGUGAUAGUAGCAACAGGAGUACCUCUGAGUAUGUAUGAAGAUUACUUACAGGUAACUGGUUAUCCUCCGGGUCUAGAACCUGUGCACUAAGUUGGACACAGUGGCUUCUAUGUAUGCCUAUGGCCCAGCAGCACUACUGCUUCCAACUUCUAAAUGUUGCCUUGUCCAGUGCAGUGAGGUACGUUAGGUAAUGGCUAGGUACAUCACUGGAUUUUGCUUCCUCCAUUUUGACGGAGCUGAACCAGAUAGGGUUGAUUUACUAAUCACUACUCCCAAUAUCAAAGUGGUGUUGAGUCCUUGAGUCCCUGUAUUCAUAAUAAAUUCCAGAACUGAGUUCAUAUGUUGGCCCACUAGCUGGGGCUCAGGUUAAACCUCUGGGAAUGUGGGUGAUAUAAGCAGGAGCGUUACCGUAGUUUAGACAGAAUAGAGUGUGGCUGGCAGCAGUUGCUUCUGCCCUGUGCAGCAGACCAUGGCUGAGCACAAAGCACAUGGCUUCUUCCAAAGAACCCUGGAACUGUAGUUUACCCCUUACAGAGCUACAAUUCCUAGUGCCCAUGUCACAUGUGUGGUCUAAACUCCAGGAGUGAUAAAAACCGGCUGAAAGCUUGCAUUGGAAAAAGUUGCACAGGGUAAUCCUAAUGUAUGAAAUACUGUAAAUUGUUUUGGGAUGCAAUUUUGGGAAAUGAUUUACAUUGAAAUAAAUAAAAAAAUACAGCCUAUUCUGUGAUACAACCUGCUAGUAUCUCAGGGAAUUAGCCACUGUGUUUUAAUGACUUCAGUCUUCCUAGUGCUUGCUUGUAUGUGUAUUCUCAGCCCAAAGCAUUGGGGAGACAGCCUAAAUGGGAACACAUGUCCUCUUCAGCCUCUGGUUUUUCCAGUUCCCUUGAACUAUUUGCAAGCUUUUAACAGGAAUUUACGACUUGUAUAACGUUUAUACAGAAAAGGGUGUGUGUCAUCCCAUCUGGGAAGAUUUUCAGUCCUCGUGCCUAUUAUAAGAAUUCUAAGGUCUCAAAUAUAAAAUAAAUGUUCAUAAAUGUACAAGGCAAACACAUACAUAAGUAUAAAUAGUACAGGAGAGCAAUCCUGAAGCCAUCCUCUCCCAAAUUGACCUUAAAUAUAUCCACUGCAGUAAGGGAGGCAAGUGGGGGAAAGCCUUCCCAUUAUCUUUUUGCUUACAAAUCCUGUCUUAAGGAUGUAUUUAUGUAUGAAUAGGGUGAGCCUGUGACCUGGAUUCAGGAACUAAAGUAUUUACCAUCACAAAAGAAUGGCCAGGCUGCCCAGGUAAUGCAAUCAGUGACCAUUAUCAGGUAUCUUGGCAGACAGAUUUUCUGCUGGAGACCGCCUCCGUCUGUGAUGUAUGUAUAAUGUUUUGUCGGGUUGGUCUUGGGCUACAGGGUGGGAAAUUUCAAAAGUCUAUAUAAGGACUUGCACACCAUUGUUCUGGGUUCUCCUCCCUCCUGCGUCUGAUGAGUGGGGACCCUGUUGCAACUGUUUAUUUCGUUGCAAUAAAGAUCAGGCUUACUAGCUGCUUUGCUUCUCAAUAUACCCUGGUUGGCCUCUGUUAUUUUCUCCUACUGAGAGGGAACCCACUUAAGGACUCUAUACGGGCUCCAGAAUACCCCAUAAGGGAAAGGAAGCAGUUUUUUUUCUUAUAACAUGUCCUAUAAUGCAUAAUUGUCCCAGAUUCUUAGUGGAGGAAAGAUAGCAUUUUAUGUUCAUUGGUAACUUGGAAUCUAAACUAUUUCCUCCCCAGAAAGGUUCUUUUUGAGCCUCUGUUGUUCCAACUUGAGAAGAAAAAUGCGGGACAACCAGAGCACUUGUGUCCCUCCUGAGGUCACCACAGGGGUGAAGCCAGGGAGCACAAGACGACGACAGCGUGUCACACAUGGUGUUGGGGUACUCAGCAGUGAUGCACAGGGGCCUGAGAGAGAGAAUACCACAGCAGCCUUGAAAACUUCACAGCAACCACCUUUGCUUCUACACAGAGAAGAACAAGAGGCCUUCUUCAAUCUCCUGGGUGAGAUACCUGACCCCACAGUCCUAUUCAGAGAUUGGUAGCAUGCAGACCUUCUUGUCCCUAGCAGCUCUGCCAAAUUUUAAAUGGGUAUAGUAAAAAUGUUGCCCAGUUCUUAGUCAAUAGCCUGAUUUGCAGACAAUGCUAAGUCAUUACUUGUUUAGGCAAAAUGGUGUGCGUUUGACUGUCUCCCAGCAGACUAAUCAUGGACUCUUCCAGGUGAGCUGCUGCUUGGACAUGCAUACCAAUUUAUUUGCACAAAGCUUUUACAAUGAAGUUACUCUUUACUGAACAUUCAUCCUGAUUUGCUUGUGUUUAUACAUCAUUUGCUUGCCUCAAUAUGUUUCUCUCUCACUUUCCUAACUGCAAAAAAAUCAUUCUCUUUUUAAAAGUGGAUUUGUUGUACUAGGGUGAUGGAGUUCUUUAGUCCACUUUAAUUGUGUAAACCUAACAUUUCUGGGUAUUCCCUUGAAAAUCCCUCACACAAAAUACUGGAAGUCUGGAGGCACCCCAUCGUUUGUCUUCUGGUGUCACACUGUGCUGAGAAACCCUGGUUGUUUUAACUUUGGUUUGGUGUUAUGUCUGAAAUCAGAUGUUAUGGCUCAGCCAUCCCACCCCAAGCUACAAAGAUGAAAGGCCAGGACAGAUGGAAAACAAAAAAAGCAUUAAAGAAUCAGUUUGCAGCGUGCUUGUCUGUGCAAGACAGCUCACGGUUUGUUCAACAAACCAUAGCUUUCUGUUAAUGUGCAAAUGCAGCCAGUAGGGAAAAUACCAUCAGCUUUCCCCCAAAACUUCCCAACGACUCCUACAAAUUGUACUGUUCAUGAGCUUCAUUAGAUACAUGAGCUUCAUUAGAUUCAUUGGUGCAGUUCUCAGCAAGAUGAAAACUGUCUACUUUUAGUCUAUAAUGUAGUUAAGCUUGGAAAGUUGAUUGCUCAGAAUGGCUGCUUGACUGAAUGUAACAAUAAACAGUGCUUCUCAGGUACCAUAAAUAUACAUUGAAGCUGCAUGAGGCAAUUGGUUAUAAAAGCUUUAGAUAGCCCACAAAUAAUGGUAUGGAUUAAAACAUGUUUUGCUUUCUUUUCUCAUCAGAGGAUAGUUUGAUACAAGAAUUCCUUUCAAUGGAUACAUGCUACAGGAUCUCAGAUAAGGUAGGUUCCCCCCCCCCCCAAGUCCUCCACCCUACACUUUCAGUAUUACAGCAUGGCAUUCAAAUUUUUAAUUAUAUGAAUGCCAAAGCAAAAAGAGAAAUUUCACAACAACAUUUCUGGUUUGCUUCUUUCAGUGAGUGCUGGAGGGGAGCAAUCAAUGCAGUUACUAGAAGAACACUGUUAAGUUAAUAGCAUUUUUGUAGUAAUUGCUUUAUUUACAUAAGUUCAAGCAGGAGUGUAGUGGAAGUAAAUGAGCUGCCAUCUACUCACUUCUGAAACAAAUAUUCAAGCAAUCAUCUCCACAUGGCUUGCAUCCCAGUUUCCACCAAAAGCAACUCUCAUGUCUCACUUUUUAACAUGCAUAUUAAGCCAUUGGGAACAGUGAUUUGGGGGGCAAGGCAUCAUCCGUAUGCUGAUGCCCAGCUCUGUCUAUCUUUGUGCUGUCUGAAUUUGGAGAAGCUGUACAGGUACUUAAUCAGUGUCUUGAGACAGUGACAGGCUGGAUGAAGACAAAUAAACUGAAGCUGAAUUCCCAAAAAAGUUGAGGUGAUUGGUGCUUCCCAGGUCCAGAAAAUAGGUGAGCAGGCUACUCUGAACGGGCUUGCAGUUCCCCCAGAUACAUUGGGUGCAUGGUCUGCAGGUACUCCUUGACGCUACAAUUUCUAGAGACUCAAGUGGCUUUGGUGGUGGGUUGCUACAGCUGUUCCUGGAUAGAGAGAGCCUAGCCACAGGUGUCCAUGUCCCAAUAACCUCCCAUUUAGUUCUGUACAUGGGGAUGCCUGAAAAAACAAUUUAAAGAUUUCACCUAGUGAGAAUUGCAGACCCCAAGGUAUUGACCAGUGCAGCUGUGCAAUACUGGUCCUUAAAAAUCUGCAGUGGCUGCCCAUUGACUACUAAACCUAAGUCAAGCUGCUGGCUUUGACUUACAAAGAUUUAAAUGGCUUUGGGCCCAGCUGUUUGAAGGAGCACACCUGCUUACUAUUUGAGGCCCACCACAGAUUUUCUUGUGCUUGCACCAUUGCCAAACAUAAUUUGGGGUUUCAGAAUAGAGCCUUCGUUAGGGUAGUGCCAUGGGUGCAGAACAGCUUCCCCCAACCUCAAAGUCAUGCAGGCGUCAUCACUAUUUAAUUUUUGCUGCCAGCAGAAGACAUUUCUUUUCUGUGUGACUUACACAUUAGUAGUAGUAACCAUUUUAAUGGUGUGACAGAUGGAACAAUUUACAUGUAGACUGUAAUGGUAGUUUUUUAAUCUGAUUAUCUUAUUUGUGUUUUAGUAUGUAAUCUGCCCUGAUAUUGUUUUGAUGCUAAAGGGUGGGAUAUAGGAAUUCAAUAAAUAAAUAUAAUCCAUUUUCAAAACUGCCUGCUUUACUAUCUGUAGCCUCCCCCCCCCCAAAAAAAACCUGGUGCCUCCAGGUGUUUUCAACUGCAAUUCCUAUUAGCGCCAAGCAAUCAUGGCAGGCUGGGGCUGAUGGAAGUUGUGGUCAAGAGCAUCUAGUGAAUACCAGGUUGUGGGAGGCUGUAUAAAGAACUGCUUUUUAACUCAGGAGUUAAAUUUCAUUCAGGCAGUAUCACAGUGAUAGGCCCAUUUGCAAUCAAGAUUGGUAAAGUGAAAAAAACAACCACCACAAACCUCUGACUAAACUCUGGAUAAAACCUUCCUGUGUAGUAACCAACCAACAAAGCAGGGCAUAAUGUUGAUUCUUUGCUUCUUGUUGGAGGAAUGUCUUGUAGCUGACUUUUCUACCCUCUUAAUGCUUUUGCCUUCCUUUCACAUCUCUUAAAUAAUUAUUGUGGUCUGCUAUAGACUUUAUUAAAGCUAAGCUGUCUUAUUCAGUAUCUUAUAGCUAUGACUAUGAUGUACUUCAAACGUGCUGGCCUGCAUACGGAGGAAUACACACGGACUAAUCUCUUCAUAGCUCUGUAAGUUUAUUUUGGUGCUCUUCUAUUGGUUCGGUCAUGUGGGGAGGUGACCUGUAAUGUUUAUUAGGCUAGGAGUUUAGUCAAUGUCACCAAAUACUCGCUAUUCAUCAUAUUUAUUAGUGCAGCAGAACAACUCUUACAAAGUGGGGGGAAAGGUUACUAUAUUAGCUCACUGUAAGUUAACAACAUGUGAAACUAAUUGCGUUUCUCCCAGUCAAAAUUUAGUUACAGGUGCAGAGGACCCCUGUUUCUAUCUGGAAACUGUAACAAUGGGGAGAGGGGAGCUAAACUUUCCUCCUCACCCAAAUUCCAUCAGUACAAUUGCAGCAAAAAUCACCUGUCCCCAAGGUGGAAAUAGGUUUAGAGAAAACUCCUGUUGUAAGCAAUAGACCUUUUGUUUUUCCUAAAGGUGAUGAUGGCAGGUGUUUUUUUUAAUUUUUGUUUUUUGUUUUUUUUGCAAAUGAAGUUGUUGAAGAACAUGAUCAGGGGCAGCCCAAUUAGUGUCAUGUGCAUCUAGGCCCCAAGACUGCAAUCUUAACCUGUUAUACAGGUGCUAAUUGUUGAGGGGCAACUUCAGGGUUCCUCCUACUCUGUUUUCUUGGGCUUCUUUGUGAGUUGAACUAGACAACACUUCAAAUAGAGGGCUGUUAUUUGUAGAACACAUGGCCACCCUUGAUGGUGGAGAGGAAAGAUAUUGGCUACAGUGAGCAACGUUUGACCGCUUAGUUUUUGAAACUGUUAUAAGCUGGAACAUAACUUCUCUGGUGAACUCCUUCUGCUGCUUGAAGACCAUCCAUUGCUUUGUGAAGGAAUUCUGGAGGCUUUCCACUGUCCCCCACACCACUUUUUCCUGAUUACAGGUACCUAGCAAAUGACAUGGAAGAAGACACAGAGGACUACAAAUAUGAGAUCUUCCCCUGGGCACUUGGUGACAACUGGAGGAAGCUUUUCCCCCAGUUCCUGAAAAUGCGGGAUGGCUUUUGGGCCAAAAUGAAGUACAGAGCAUUUGUUAGCAGACGCUGCUGUGACGAGGUUAGCUGCAGAUCACUUGAUUUGCAAUGUUCUUGGCGUUGGUGUGUUAAGAUAAAUGAAGUUGGGUGCACUAGUGGUGGCAGGGAGAGCAGAAUAAUCCUCUCAUCCUGCUGGGGGAUCUACUGGAAUUUUUUUCCUUGGGAUGGGGGGUAGAAACGAUAUGGCUGAAGGAAAUUCAAAAGUCACAAGGUUCAGUCCUUGGCAUCUCAGGUACGAAUGGGAAAGUCUCUUGUAUUUUUAUUUAAUUUAGCAAACUUCUGUACCGCCUUUCAAGAACAAAAUUCUCCCCAAGGCAGUUCCCAUGAAAUACAACAACAAGAUCUUAAAACAACUCAGUAAAAGAAUCCCAUUUAAUUAAAAGUAACAAUCAAACAUCAAAAUUGCAGCAUAAUGUAUUUACCAUGACCGGGUGACACAGACUGUGUAUACACACUACCUUUAAAGCCCAUUCAAAGAAUGAACUUUCUCCCCACAUAAUUGUGGGCACUCUAGUUUGCUGAGAAUUGUAGCUCCGUGGGGGUAAACUACAAUGCCCAGACUUUUUUUUUAAAAAAGUGCUUUAAAGUUGUAAUGGGUAUGCAGCUACAAUCAGAUCCCUAGCUGCAAUUCGGCUCUACAGUCAAGACAAAAAAAAAUUGUUAAUAAAGUCUGUAUAAAACUAUCCAGGCAUAAGCCAUGCCUAACAUUGUAUGGAACAUUAUUCCACAAUUGCAGGAUGACCACCAAAAAAGCAGCAGGCUAAUGUCCUUUUCUGGUGAUCAUGUUAAUAGGUCUUCAGAAAUGAAGGUAUGGGCAGCAGCGUGUGCAUGUAGACAAUACUUCUAAUCAGUGUUAUAUUUUUAGAAAAAGUGGUGCCAGAACUCACCAUGAACGCCUCCCUCUUUCUCUUAGAAUGGCAGUGGUACCCACCUGAGGUGCCAGAACUGAGUUCUGGCGAGUUACCCCUGGAAAAAAAGCCCUGCUUGUAAGAAUAAAACCCUGGAGAGCUGUUAACAAUCAGUGAUGACCUCAGGUUUGAGGACUGAAUUUGACCCUCCAGGCCACACCCUCUCACUGACCAUACUGAGUUAAAUGGACCAGAGAUUUGAGACUAUGCUAUAUGGCAGGUUAAGGUAAAGGUAAAGGGACCCCUGACCAUUAGGUCCAGUCGUGGCCGACUUUGGGGUUGCAGCGCUCAUCUCACUUUAUUGCCCGAGGGAGCCGGCGUACAGCUUCCGGGUCAUGUGGCCAGCAUGACUAAGCCGCUUCUGGCGAACCAGAGCAGCGCAUGGAAACACAGUUUACCUUCCCGCUGGAGCGGUACCUAUUUAUCUGCUUGCACUUUGACGUGCUUUCGAAUUGCUAGGUUGGCAGGUUACGUGGCACAAAAUGUUCGGUUCUCUUUCCCCAAAGUUUUCCAAACAUAGUUCUCUUUUGGGAUGAUUCAGGCUUCCUCUUUUCUAGAUAAUGUUAAAGGAGCCCACACACUGGGUCUGGUCCCGUGAACGAGCCAUUCACCACAGUGGGGCGCUGAGGAGUUACCUGAAAAACGAAGAAGACUUAUUCCCUAGAGGGCCUGGCGUUACGCCCCCAGUCUGCCUUCUCUGUGUGUUUGAUCUGGAAAAAGAAGAUGCUGGAAUAAUGACACCUCUUGCUAGCAGUAUUCCUGCCAGUGACUUGCUGCCCUCCACAGCACCGAAGCAGAGUUUGAGUGGCUUCCCUUUGCUGAUGACUGACUACAGCAUGCAGAGUAAGUAGUAACGGUGCCCAACUUUCAGCUUUUUUGAGUCUCUUAAUAUACGGCAUUCAUUCCUGCUUGGGAAAGUGUUGUCAAAUUGUUCCCCCCUCCCCUUGUGGUUGUGGGGUGCAGUGUGAGAUUUGAAUCUGAAAAAGCAAAUAUUAAAUUCAUAGAAAGCCAUGAGUCUGAUAAGAUUACAGAAAGAUGGUGCAACUUCCUCUGUUUACAAUGUGGGUUUGGCAAAAGGCUUGUAGAUUUGAUACCUUCCAACUGUCCCAGAGGGCAUGCGUAGUAGAGCCUUAAAGCAGCCUUCACCAACACCCAUCAACCCCAGCAAGUGCAGGAGUUGUAAUCCAAAACACCCAGGCUGGGGGAAGGCUGCUUUAAGACACGUUUACCACUGAAAAUAUAUUGGAAUAGCUUUUGAGCUGCAGCUGCUCCUGAGCUGGUUUUUCUCAUUGGGUGCUAAAGAAAGUUUAACCACACCCCUGUUUUCCCAGACAUCCGGGUGCAGGUGUGGCAAAAUUCUCCCAACAUGUGGUGAGCUGAUCACUAGUACCUUCAGUUAAGAGUGAAUGCAUACCCCACUGUGGCAAGUUGCUGCUUGGUAAAUGAGCACCCCGGUUGUGUCCUGUUGGCAAAUCUCUCUCCUCUGCCUCCUCCUAUUAAAGAACGAGUGUGUUAAACAGUGAAAAUAUGCACACUUACAGACUUCGUAGAUUAUUGUCUACUUCCGUUCAGGCCCAACUACCAACUGGGAGUAAGGAAAAAAUGUUUCUCUUAGGGGUUAUCUUGCAACAUUCUCACACAGAAGUAAUCUGGAAUUGCUGAUAUGCUCAGCACUCUGCUCGGUGUACAUCUACUCUGUACAGCACCAGAAUUUAGUGUGGAUUGGCUGACGUAGUGUUAUUGGGAAGAUGGCUGUCCCUUCAAAUGGGGAUUUAAUAACUUUGUGAACCCUUUUAAAGCACUUGAUUUACAUCUUGCUUUAUUCUGUGGGCUCUGCAGUCUGCCCCUACCCCUGACAGAAGGCUUCUGUCCUUAAGGGAUUCAUAACUUUCUAAUCAGUAUUUAUAAAAUAUAACUGCUAAACUCCCAAAGGCAUAGUUUCAGUCUUAAUCUUUUUUUGGGCAGGCCUACAGGAACCUGUGAUGGAGGCAGAAGGAACACCCAAAGACUGCCAAUAUCUGAUAGCGUCCGAAGGCUGAAGACAACCCUCUCUGCAAUAUUUUUCUCUUUGGAGUGGCAUUAUUUGGAUGUUCUUAUUCUACAUCUGCGGUGAUCUAUUUAUUAAGCACUUUAUCUUCACGUUCAUAAAUACACAGCAAUGCCUGCUUGUGUAUUAAAAAAAGCUAUUCAGUAUGACUUGUAUUAUUAUUAUUAUUAUU